AUGAGCGCGACUCCUCGACUGCGGUCUGGGUUCCCCUCGACCCCCGGCACCACUGCUCCGCGACGCAACUUUGAUCAAACGCCCAGCUCGGUUGGCUCCGUAUCCUCGACGGCAAGCUUCAACAGGUCGGCUGCGCUCCCCAUAGCCCCCGAAAAGGCUACGAGGCAAAGCCAGGCUGGCCAGCCGCUCAUACCUCUGACGCUUCUCGACGCUCCCCAGCAGCGCUUCUACGCCUUUGCCAUCUACGUCCUGCUAUGGGCGUGGAAGCUCUAUGAUUGGCUCCAGGUCAUCGAAGAGGGCGACAGCUCUUGGUGGCUGUUUUUCAAAUGGAUCUUUAUUGACUUUGCUUUUUUGUUCGGGCUACCAGAGCUCCGCAUACCAUGGCUGGAGCUCUCACAAGUCUUCGUAACUGGAGUGUUCCUAUCGCACGUCGUCGUCAACUACAUGUUGAUGUUCAACAUUCCCCUCCCAUGGCAAUCGUUUUUCCUCGGCAUUGCCAAAGUUCUCUACGACCGCGAAUUGUCCAUUUCCGAGCAAAACGUCAAGGUCUCCAGCAUCCUCAACAACCAUUCCUUAAUUAUGGGCAAGCAGAUUAUCAAUAUUCUUCCCGAGGGCUCUGCAGUUCUUAAUCCCGAGCAAAAACCCUAUUGUAUCGCUCCCAAGUCCAAGACUGGCGUUGUGCUGCCCAUCUACUUCAACUCUACUGUCCCCGCCGAAAUUGAGCUCAUACGCAUCGACCUCGACAGCAACAAGGAAGAGACAAUCAAAGUCCCCAACCGCGAUGUCAACAAAGUGGCCAGACAAAUUCGAGAGCAAAGCGCUGACCCUACUACGGCCGGCUUUCAAUGGGAUUACACUGUCAGGCGACCGGGUGUCUAUCGGCUGGGCAAAGUGUUGGACGAGUACAAGCUCGAGAUUCAGCGCGGUGUCAAAGAUACCUAUGUCGUUCCCUGUCCGCAAGCGAAAAUCAAGACGGCCAAUUCUUCCCAGCGCUGCAUUCGUGACUUGUCCGACCUGUCUCUCGAGGUUUAUGGUACGCCCCCUUUGAAAAUUGUCUACAGUCGAACAAUCAACGGCAAGAAUCAUGGUUUCCAUUUCCAGAGCCUGCAGCCAGACGGCUUCAGCUCGCCGCUUCUGGGCUCUGCUGCCGAUGUUCUCCCCGAUGGCGGCGAAGACAUUUCUUGGGUCCGUCCUGCUCGCGUCACCGUCGGUUUAAACGAGUCCAUGGCUACCUCUGGCGAGUGGGAGUACUCGGUCGACGAAGUCCACGACGCCUUUGGCAAUAGCAUCAAGUACGCGGAAAGUGUUGACGACCUCGACCGCUCUGUUACUCGCAGCCUCGUCCAGAAAUUCGCCGUCAAGGAACGUCCCAAAGUCAAGAUGCAAGGCUGUGAUCUUCGAAACGCUUUGAAAGUCGCCAAAGGCAGGUCAGCUCAUCUUCCCGUCUCAUUCCAGGUGAAUGGAGGUGCCCCCGACACAGACUACAAAGUGCAAUGGAAGUUUUCUCCCAUUGACUCCCUCACCAACAAUGGUGACCAUGGCGACAAGCUCACUCUUGGCAGUCACUCAGCUAAAAAUUCAAACGACAAGCCAAGCGUCUCUGCGCCAGGUCUCUACACUCUCACCUCUGUUUCCAGUGGAUCAUGUGAAGGCGAAGUUGACGAACCUUCCUCUUGCCUACUUCUGAACCCUCUCGAGCCGCAUCUCUCUAUCCGUGCUGAAGAGAUCCCAGACAAGUGCGCCGGAAACUCGAUUGGAUUGCGCGUCAAUCUGGAUCUUGUUGGCACGCCACCCUUUACUGUCCACUAUGAUAUUAUUGGAAGCGACCAUCAUGUUGAGCCCCGGGCGCACAGGGUCGACGGCCUGCGCUCCCAGUUAGAGCUUAUUCCGCAGGAGGCCAGUCGCCAGAAAUAUGUGUUCAAGUCAAUUGACGAUGGUGUAUAUCGCAACAUUCCUCUUACCGGCCAGGAUAAAAUACUUGAACAAGAAGUUAAACCCGCCGCCCACGCUGUCAUUGCGCACGGCUCCCAGACGAUCAACACUUGUCUGGACUCGAACGUUGAGCUUGACGUGCUCCUUACCGGGGAGCCGCCAUUCAACCUCGAAUGGGAAAUUGUGCACGAUGGUAAGCGAAAAACAGAGCGCGUCAACAAUCUCAAUUCCAAGGCAUAUACGAUCAAGACACCUACCUUCACUAAGGGCGGAGAGUAUAAUCUUGCGCUGAGCAGCAUCCAAGAUCAGCGCGGAUGUCGAACCUUCUUGCAGGACUCUGUCAAGCUGAUUGUGCGCCGUCAACGACCGCGCGCUGCUUUUGGUUUGAUUGAGCAGAGGCAGAGCAUUAUGGCUGUCGAGGAAACGCCGCUGCGUCUUCCCCUCCGACUUCAGGGAGACGGUCCGUGGACCGUUUCCUACAGGAAUCUCAAUGACUCCGCAGGAACAAUCACCAAGAAGAUUGAUAGCCCCAAUGGAUUCAUUGUGGUAAAAUCACGAGGCGUGUACGAGCUUCUGGACAUCAAAGACAACCGCUGCCCCGGUACUGUCGAGCCUGCUGGAUCAACGUUCCAAGUUGACUGGUUUCCUCGACCGGAGAUUUCCAUCAUCGAAACGGAUAGCGUUAGCGCGACAGGCGGCGUAUUUGUGAAGCAGGAGGUUUGCGAAGGAGACAUAGAUGGCUUCGAAGUUGCCCUGCAAGGCUCACCGCCAUACCACGUUGAGUAUGAAGUUCAUCAGCGCUCUCCCCAAGGAUCCAAGGCGAUCAGUCGCCGAGAGUUUGAUGCCGCCCUCUCAAAAGCAGCCAUAUCCAUGGACACUGGCAAGGCUGGCGAGUAUACGUACAAGUUCCACGGGCUCGCCGACAACCUUUACAAUGUAGACCAAAAGUCUAAGGCGCUUACCGUACAACAGCGUGUCAACGCGAAGCCAGCCGCCACAUUCAGCAAACCUGGCCAAACAUUCAAGUUCUGCAUGGAAGAGCAGGAACAUGAGGACAAGAUUCCCAUCACGCUCACUGGCGUGGCGCCAUUCUUUGUUGAACUGGAAAUUAAGCAUCAAUCAGGCCUGCCGGUAGAGACGUACCACGUGCCGUCGAUCAACUCCAACUCGUACUCCAUGCAGAUUCCUAGAAAGCAUCUGCGCCUGGGAUCGCAGCAACUACGUAUCCGCCGCGUACGCGAUGCCCGCGGCUGCCAGCAAAAGUAUGAGGUAGGCGGUCCGUCGAUUCAGAUCCAGCUCUUUGAUGCGCCGUCCAUCUAUCCGCUCGAGUCGCGUCGAGACUAUUGCGUCGGCGAGCGCAUUGCCUACACGCUAUCAGGCACGCCACCCUUUGACAUCCACUACGAGUUCAACGGCAAGUGGAACGCCAAGUCGCAAACGACGAGCUUCCGUCGUGUCGCGGAGAAGCCUGGCGAUUUCAUCAUCACGCGCAUCUCGGACAAGGCCAGCGAGUGCCGCGCAGCGGUUCACCUGGCCAAGACGAUUCACCCGCUGCCGAGCGUGCAAAUUAGCCGCGGCCAGCAGUCGCGCGUCGACAUCCACGAGGGUGGCGAGGUGGACAUUUUAUUUGAAUUUUGGGGUACGCCGCCGUUCGAGUUCACGUUCACGCGCAGCUCAAACGCGAAAAAAGGCCACCGUAGUGUCCUCCUCGAGACGCGCCACGAAGUCUCGUACGAGCACUCCAAGGUCAUCAAGGCUUCGCAAGAGGGCACGUAUGAGGUUGUUGCCAUCAAGGACAAGUUUUGCUCGUAUUCGACGCAGCAGGCGGACAAGCGCGACAAGAAAUAG